AUGGGGAUGACUCCAACAGUUUACACUCAGGAAAUGCUGCAGUCCACACAGGAGCGCCUGAUUAACACCACAGAGGUUCACCUGCCCCUCAGGCUGGAGAGGAUAGAAAACAGCAGCCCACAGCACAAGCUGUUAAAAACAGGCCAGCCGAUUUUCCAGCCUUAUCCAUCAGAACUGGUUUUCCAGAACUUUGUUCCCUCACACACCUACAGUCUGCCUCUGCUUCUUCUCAACAAUGACAAGGAGGCCCAUGCUGUGACAGUGGUGCCGGAGAGUUCAGAAUAUUUUAACGUGAAGGGUCCAGGAAAUGGAAGAGCCAAAGUAGCACCAGGAUUGACUGCCAGCUUUAUGGUUUUCUUCACCCCUCAGGAGAACAAGGACUACAGCCUCCGACUUGUUUGUGUGACUUCAAGUGAACGUUUUGAGAUUCCUGUCCGUGCCAUCGGACCACGAGCCAUUCUGGACUUUAAAGAUGAGAUUCGUUUGCCUAAUUGUGUAGUGAAAGCAUCCACUGAAAAAAACCACUUUGUUUCCAAUAUAGGGAAGCGUAAGGCUAAGUUCAAGCUACGCACACAAAGUCCUUUCUCAGUGACACCGUCCUCUGGUACGGUGGAUGUUGGAGAAGGCAUCCCGGUUACUGUGGUUUUUCAUCCCAUGACUGUUGGAGACUUUCAGGAAGACCUUCUUCUGCUCUACGACACUGGUGAAAUUGUUCACAUCGGUUUGUUUGGAACUUGUGAGGAACUGCACAUGUGUUUUGAACCGGAUCCUGUAGAGCUGAAGAAGACUUAUAUUUCCCUGGUCAGCUCGGAGACGGUGUCCCUCGCCAACUGGAGUGAUAUUCCUCUACAGUACAGAUGGACAGUGUGGCCAAGUCAGGCUAAAGAUGACCUGCUCUUAUCCAGGGAGAACUCAAUGCUUCGGCAGCAGGAGGAGAAAAAAAAAGAAAAUAUGUGUCUACCCGUUCAAUGUGAAUUUGACCCCACAACGAUCCAUCAUGUCGAACCGCAGGAAAGCAAAAGCCUCUCUCUCUCCGGCAUAACAUUGGCGCCAGCGGAGGGAGAGAUUUGGCCUAAAACUACUGCAACCUUCAACAUUAUUUUCAAACCAGAAGAGGCAAAAGUUUAUCAACACACUCUUUACUGUGAUGUUACAGGCAGUGAAUCACCGUUACCCCUUCGGAUCAAAGGUGAAGGCCUUGGUCCCAAACUCAAGCUCAACUUUAACAUAAUGGACAUGAAAGAUGUGUUUAUAGGCGACAAAGACCAUUAUGAGGUGCAGAUUACAAACAAAGGACUGAUUGACGCCCCAUUCAGAUUUUCCUGCCCUGACACCACAUUUGGCCGAUGUUUUUCCAUCAGUCCAAAAGAAGGUGUUGUUUCUCCUGGGUUCUGCCAGACGGUAGAAGUCACCUUCCACAGUCUGACCCUGGGAAGUUUUUCUGAGGAUUUGCUUUUAACUGUCACGGGGCAGCCUGAGACUCUAACCCUGACCUUCAGGGGUUGUGUGGUUGUCCCCUCGCACCACUUUAAUGUAUUAGAUCUCAAUUUUGGCGAUGUAGCUUUUGGUUUUCCAACCACACAGACGUGUACCCUCUUCAACACAUCCUUUGUUCCUAUGACCUUUUCUUUACACGUCAUGGGGGAUGGGACGGGAUCCCCCAGUGUCAGCAGUGCCAAGCAGGUGUCUGAUUUAUCCCGAAAGAAUUGGCAGGGGUAUGCAGCCAGACAUGCCCACCUCCGGCCGGUGGAGUUCACAGUCCACCCUGAAGCUGGUACUGUGGACGCCAUGUCUAAUGUCACCAUCAAGGUGACUCUUUGCUCCAACAAAGUGAAGAAAUAUGAACUAGCGCUGGCAGUAGAUGUUGAAGGAGUCGGAAAGGAAGUCAGCAUUUUGCCGAUCAAUGCCAGGUGUGUUGUUCCAGAGCUGAGGGUAGAGCCUGUGUGUUUGGAUUUUGGAAGAUGUUACCUGGAUCUUCCCUAUGAACAGAAUGUGCAGCUGAUCAACACCAGCAGCCUUCCUGCCUGUUACGGAGUGCUAGAUCAGGAAACUGAGGAAAGUACAACACUAACCUGCGGCAGCUCUGUUCCCAGAGGAAUUGUUCCUCCUGGUAGCUCAAAGGAGAUUCUUGUCUCCAUGACGGCUCAUGCUGUAGGAAGGCUACAGACCUCUCUACGCAUCGUGGUGUUUGGCAGCCUUUAUCAGCCUCUGGAGGUUGUUCUGUCGUGUAUCGGACAGGGACCCAUCGUUUGGGUUCCCAUCACACAGCUGAAGUUUGGCAGUAUUCCUGUUCUGACAGAUGAAACUCGAACGCUAUCGCUACUCAACCAAUCUCCCAUUCCUGCUCACUUCAACACCUCUAUGACCCGUAAAAACUCCUUCUGGCGUGUGGAACCCAGUGAAGGAGUGUUGCCACCGGAGAGCCAGCUAAAUCUAACGAUAGUGGCACAUCUGAAGGACAUGCUUCCCUUCCUGGAUGAGCUGCAAGUGUUUGUGCGGGACAGUCGGACACACACCAUCUCCCUGUCAGCCAAAGGCACCGGGACAACAAUAGUCAGUGACAAACCUUUGGGGCCUAACCUCGACCUGGGGACACACUUCUGCGAUGCUCCAUACCAGUAUCGAUUCAAGCUGACCAACCUUGGUCUGCGUCCUCACCGAAUGUUCUGGAAGGUCGGUGGCAUCCUGGCUAUUCCACGACAGCCUGUAGACAUCUCCGGUAGAACGCCAUUGCCUCCAAUCGGCUGCUCUGGACGGAGAGAUGCUCAGAGACAAAGACUUUCAUCCAGCAAAGAGAAAACAAUGAUCAGCGUCAGCCCUGCUUGUCUGGACCUUAAGCCUGGCUCCUCGGUUGACAUGGUGCUCACAGCAUCCUCUGAUUCCCCCAAGAUUCUUCACGAGCGCCUUGUGUGCGACAGCAUCAUUGGUGGACAUGGUAUUCAGGAGACCAUCAUGUCUGUGGAAGUAAUGUGUCGAUUUGUUUCUCCAAAGCUCAGCAUUUCCUCAAAGCAGCUGAACUUUUAUGUAAAGAAGGUUAAGGGGAGCCUCCUGCCUGUGUAUGAGAGGCUAGUCUUACUCAAUGUUUCCCCUUUGCCUCUGAGGCUGGAGCUCAGUGUUACAGAGCCUUUCUCUUUGUGUGAGUCUCCCGGAGAAAACAACUCGACCACAACCAAGUUUAUGGUUGUGAAGGAUGAAGGUCGAUUAGAGCUCUGGGUCUGCUUUGAUCCAUCUUUAUGUACCGACUUAGUAUCGUGUAUUUUAGAUAAGACCCUCAAAAUAAAAUACUUGGAACCUCAACAACAAGACAUUGUGAAGUUGCAUGCUGAGGUCCACUUACCAACACUUCAGUUUUCUUCAACCACAGUGGAUUUUGGUUGCCUGCCAAAAAACACAGCUGCAAAGAAAACUAUAACAAUCACCAACUGCUCCUCAGUUCCUCUAUCCUACCACUGGGCUUUUCAAAAACUCCCCCAAAUCAGAAAACCAGAAAUGGUAACAACAGAGUGGGAUCAGCAUACAGAGACUGAAGCCUCUCAGUUCUCUCCCAGACCUAAAGCAGAUGAUCAGGGCAGCUCACCGAACCCUUUACAUGUGGAUGAGGUUUUUGACAUCCUACCCAUUUAUGGUGUUUUGAAUCCUCAUGACCAACAGCUCAUGACUUUCUCAUUCCACAGCCAUGAGAACACCUGUACAGAGGUGGUGGCUCAGUGCUAUGUUGAAGAUGGACCGACGUAUAUAGUCCAAGUCAGAGUAGAGAUCUCAGAAUUCUCCUACAGUAUUGAAUCAACCCAUCUGGACUUGGGAUCCGUGCUGUUUUACUGCGUGAGUGAAGUUAAAAUGUGUGUUAGGAAUACUGGCAAAACCGGCUUUCAAUACAGCAUUAAACACCCUUCAAAUGCAGAGGAGACUGAAGGGGUUGAUAAAGAGAGAGGAGCACUGAUUAUUGGACAGAAAAUGACAGCUGGACGGCCCUUAGUACUUCCAGCUGUGGGUUACAUUGAUGCUGGUUCUGAGAAGCAGCUGCGUGUUACUUAUCUGCCUGGCAUCCCUGAGCGGUUCGAGAAGCAGUUUCAUCUUGAAGUGCCCUUCUUAGAACCACAGGAGAUAAUUCUGACUGGGAUGGGAGUGUUCCCAAUAGUCCGAGUGAAUUUACCACAAAACCUGUCCGAGGAGCACUACAGAGAUGUGGUGCAGCAGGCGAAAGCAACUCUGAAUGCUCAGGGAGUCAGACCUGACCCUGGACAUGAAGUCACUGUUGACGGAGGAGUUGAAAAACAGGCUGAGUAUGAAGAGUUGCUCAACGUGGAAGUUGAGAACCUGCUGGUAAGAGAUUUCAUCCUCGGUGACUCUUAUCAUUCUCGGCAAGAUCUGAGCAAGCAGAUUCAAACAGUACAGCUGCAGAACUAUCAAAUUGUGCAGUGUCGGUGGAGCAUGGCUGAAGAGGUGAAACCUCUUAAAAAGCAGCGACCAGCUCCAGCAGUAUUCCAGAUGAUUCCCUGCUCUGGUGUGCUUUUACCUGGAGGACAAACGACGGUCCAUGUCAUGUUCAGUCCUGUCAAAGGGUGUUCAUACAGCAGACGGCUGGUGGUCAGCGUGUCUGGCAGCAAGCAGCAGAUCUUCAUUACAGCUCAGGGUGAUGCUGAAGAGCCACAGCUCGAAUUCUGCCCAUCUGUCCUGGAGUUCGCACCGUGUCUUCCUUUUAGCUCAGAGUCUAAAGCCGAGGUCAGAGUGAAAAACCUCUCCUCCUUCCCCGUCGAGUUUUACUCCCUGGAGUUCGACACACAGUACCUGAAGGAGGAGGAGAUAAAUGGGUACUAUAAAGCUUAUUUCAAAAUUUCUGUUUGCUUGUCUAUAGAGCUGAAUGUUGGCAUGGGGGAGAAUGAAAUAGAGAAAGAUGGAAAAGAAAAUGAUGAGGAGAAACUGGAACCAAAUGAAGCGCCCGUUAAGAGGAACUCAUUUAGAAUGAAACCAGGUGUAUUCCUUCUUUCACAGUUAAUCAGAGAGGGAAUCGGUGCGAAUCAAAGACAGCUGGAGAUGACCCCUCUCACAAGAGCGAUCGACCGCCAUAUACAGUCUGUCCUUUCACAUGAUACAGCCACAGCAUAUGCGCACGGAGCAAUUGCUAUCAUUGUAUAUGGAGCUCCCCUGACAGAUAAAAGCAGCAUGGCAGCAAGUUUGGCAUAUCACUAUGGGGCAGUUUGCUUAAGUGUUGAUGCUGUGAUCACAGAUGCGAUUCAAAAUGGCGUUUCUCCAGCCAGCCUAUCAGCGAGACAACUUUAUGAUGCUGCUAAAGCUGAUUAUGAUCAAAAAAAGACUGCAGAAGCUGUUAUCAACAGCCUGGAUUCUAUUUAUACUCCGUGUCCAUCAAGCACACUUCAAGGUGUCCUCAAAGCCUUCAGUAAUCGCAAGCACAUCUACGUAGUCAACUUGUUUGACAGCUAUGUCGCCCUGAAGAAACGUGAAAGACAGCAGAGAGAAACUGAGGAAGCCUUACAGAAUGAGAUAGCUGAACAGGAGGAGAGGCACCUUUGGGAAUUGGAUCAGGAGAACUUUGAUGCCUUGCCUGAUGAAGAAAAGGAGAAUGUUACCCAGCGACACUUGGAGGCAAUUCAAAAAAAGAAAGAGAGGGAAAUUGACCAGAAGGCAAAAGAAGAUAUAGAAAGAAGGCAGGAAGAGGAGAAGCUGAAAGAGAGAGAUACGAGGAAAAAGAGGAGAAAAGAUGAAAAGCCGAAAACUCUGGAAGUUCUGCAGACGAAAACUUCACGAGAAAUAGAGCAGAGUAUCGUGGAUAAUCUGCAGUGUGAGUUUGAAAAAUACAAGCAGAUUCAGGCCAAGGUGGAUCAGAUCCUGCAGGUGUGGGACCGAGUCCAGGGCUCCCGAAUGGAUUCUGUUCUAGCAGAAGAUACCUGUCCAAGUUCAGAGGAACCUUUAAGAAAGAAAAAAACUGCCGUUAAAAGGAAUAUAAGAAAGAAAACUGUUAAAACUGUCCGAAGAGUGCAAAAUAUAAUCCCUCACAUUAUGGUGAAUGUAACGGCGAAUGGCUGCCAUAGUUUCCAAGAAAUGCUCUUUUACAGCCCCCUGCCUUCUUUGAAUACGAUUCUGGAUGACUUGAGUUCAACACCUAGUAGCCUUCGGCAUAUUCCUCCUGUCACACUCUCUGUUGUUGCUUUUCCUAAGCACAGGGAACAGCCUAAAGUUCAUCAGACAUGUUUCACCUUUCUGAAUCCAUCAUGGCAGAAUGAGGAGGAGGGGGAGAAGAAUGAUCCAGAGGAAAUCAAACAUAGAACAACUCCAAAGGAAAAGGCAGCAGGCUCUAAACGUCACAAAAGAGACUCCAAUUACAAGACCAAAGAGAAAAAAGGGAAAGAAAGUAGCAUGAGCAUAAGUCCUCACAAGAUCAAAUCAAAGAUUCCAGAGAGUUUGACUGUGUUCCGCUGGGUUGUACCUGCCUACAGUGAGGUUGUUCUGAAACUGGGGUUCUACUCAGAGUCACCAGGAAUCUUUGAGCAGGUCUUCAAUUUUGAAUUAGCUGGAAGCUGCAAACUCUACCAACUCACCUGCAGAGGAGUUUGCACCUACCCCUCCAUCUGCAAAGAUUACAGGACACUUUUUACUCACAGCAAGAAGGCAGCACAAGAGAAAGAAGACCUUCAGAAGACCUACGUAAUCAAACCUGGUUAUUUUGAGUUUGGACCUUUGCUUUACAGCAAGACACGAGAAAAAUACAAGAAAAUUCAAUUUUCAGAGAACUCUCAGAGGCUGGUAAUUCAUAACAACUGUGCAUUGGAGGCAGAGGUCCAGUUCAGUUUCCAGCAUGACACUCAGGCCACAACUUAUCUGUUUGAUCCUCCUACAAUGAAGCUCAAACCUGGACAACAAGAAGUGAUGACAGUCUGGGCAUUCCCAACCACUCCGGGACAGAUAAAAGACAGCUUAGUUUGCAACAUAAAGGACAAUCCUGAGCCUGUCAUUAUAAACUUUUCCUGCUGGGGCGUCUGUCCACAACUGGAGCUGGAGACCAACAAUUUAAACUUUGGCAGAAUUCUGCUGCACAGGAUUGACAGACGACGCAUCACGAUGCAUAAUAAGACAAUGUUACCACUGUCUUGGACACUGCAGGGUGUAGACGAUUUGGGAGAUGAGUUUAUGAUACAUCAAGAACAAGGCGUCAUUCAGCCAAACUCCUCCUUUCAUCUACAUGCGCAAUUUAGUGCCAAGAAACCAGUCCUCGUUAAGAAACAAUUACGCCUCGAGGUAUACGAUGUAGAGAAAAUCCUAGGAAUCCUGCAGACUGAAAACAUAACAGUUUAUGCUGAAGCCUAUGAUGUAGAUCUGAAGAUCGAUCCAGCCACCAGUUUGGCCUUUGGAAUAAUCAGAUGCCUUACAGAUGCAAAACAGCAGCUAACACUCACAAAUAAAGGAAAAUACGACUUAGCCUUCAAGUUUACCUUCGGGCAUCCUGACCCAUCACUCGCCAACAUAGGGUCCAUGUUCACAGUGUCUCCACAGAGCGGUACUCUUUUGGCCCAUGGGAAAGCCGAAGUGAUAGUGAUCGUCUGCAGACCGGAUAAGGAAGUCUCAUUGGAAGAAGAACCCAUCCUAAGCUGCCAGGUGAUUGAACCCAACUUGAGAGGAGGAGAAAUCAUAGCCAUCUUAAAUAUCAAGAUUUCAAUGCAAGCUGUUUUCUCCAGAUACAGGAUAACACCUGUAUGUGAUAUUGACUUUGGUCCGUUGGUAUAUGGCACUGAAAAAACCCUAAACUUCACCAUCGAAAACACUGGAUUCUUUCCAAUUAAUUUCAACCUGACCAGCAACGUCUUAGAACCUACUUGUCUCUACUUGGGCAUUUUUUCCGUGUCUCCCUGCACUGGAAAACUGCAGCCUGGGUCUAAGCAGCAGAUAAAUGUGUCCUGUGUUGCUGAAAGGCUUGGCACCUUGACCCAGACCCUGCUUAUUGACAUUAGUGACCGCAACCCAUUAGACCAGCCUGAUGGUAUCCCAUACAGACUGCUUGCUGAGACAUCGCAACAGUUGGAGGUUUUUGAUUUGCCGACAUCAACUCUGAACAUAGGCAGUCAGUCACACACCUUUGCUGUGGUCACCUUCACACCACAGGCCAUCCGUCCUUACAGCGCGGUGUUUGAAACCACAGUGAAAGCAUUCUACAGACCCAAACUCAUACCCAUGAACCAGACCCUGGAGUUUCAGCUGGCUGGAGAGGGGACUCUCCCCACUGUCAGUAUCUUGCGUCCAUCUCGAGUAAACAAUGAAGGAAACCCAGAAAUGCGUUUUGGACGAGCUUCGGUCGGACAGAGACGAACUUUACCUUUGGUGCUUCUCAAUGAUGGAAAUAUUGCAGCUGAGGUCCAGAUUGACAUGCUGGACAAACAUGGUGUGUUAAAAAUACAACUCCCUCCUGAGAGCAGCAGCAGUUCUGUCCACUCAUCAGAGGGUCACUUGAUUCACAGAACUACUGCAAAGCUAGACGUGAAUGAACAGAAGAGGUUUGAGGUCAGCUUCUGCUCCGACCAAUCGCUGACUCUUCAGACGACAAUGACAGUGCAGGUGAUGGACAACCAGUACAGCAACAGCUCAAUACAUGUGACAGGAGAGGCUGUUCAGCGUACUGUGUCCUUUAAUAACUUCAGAAGGUCAUGGCAGGAUGGAGAAGAUGAAGUGGGAGGUUGUUAUGACAUCAUUCAUUUUGGUGACUGCCAUGUGGGUCGUACAUACCAAGAAAGUUUCACCAUGACCAACCACAGCAGCAGCCAGGUGGUGAGGUUUGAAUGGCCUCCCAGUGAACCCAACGUCACGUUUUCACCACAGGUCCAGAUUGACAUGCUGGACAAACAUGGUGUGUUAAAAAUACAACUCCCUCCUGAGAGCAGCAGCAGUUCUGUCCACUCAUCAGAGGGUCACUUGAUUCACAGAACUACUGCAAAGCUAGACGUGAAUGAACAGAAGAGGUUUGAGGUCAGCUUCUGCUCCGACCAAUCGCUGACUCUUCAGACGACAAUGACAGUGCAGGUGAUGGACAACCAGUACAGCAACAGCUCAAUACAUGUGACAGGAGAGGCUGUUCAGCGUACUGUGUCCUUUAAUAACUUCAGAAGGUCAUGGCAGGAUGGAGAAGAUGAAGUGGGAGGUUGUUAUGACAUCAUUCAUUUUGGUGACUGCCAUGUGGGUCGUACAUACCAAGAAAGUUUCACCAUGACCAACCACAGCAGCAGCCAGGUGGUGAGGUUUGAAUGGCCUCCCAGUGAACCCAACGUCACGUUUUCACCACAGAUUGGGCAUCUUCAUUCUGUUUGUUCUAAGGACGUGACCGUCACCUUUUCCUCCAGUCAGCCGCUGACUCUGAAGCAGCCAAUCAGAUGUAAAAUCUGCCAGGUGGAGUUCAAGGAACCAAUAGAGGAGGUGGCUGACUGGGAUGACCGUCACCGAGCGCUGAAACGGCAAAAUUCGGGUUCUGAUGAAUCUCAAAAGCCUGAGAGUAAAAAGUACAGCCAUUCAAAAUGGUCAAUAGUCAAACGCCUGCAAAUGGCAGCCUCUUCCCCUUCCCCUGCAACUCCCAGCAAAAGCCCCUCCAACUUCCAGCCGCUGGCCUUCCCCUCAGUGCCAGAGACGGAUCCUGAGCCGGUCUGUUCUCAGGUCCAAGGCUCUCAGACGGAGCUGGAACUGGAAAUCAGAGCAGUUUGUGAUUAUUCAAAGUUUACCUGCAGCUGCGACACCAUUAAUUUCAAAGAUACUUUGCUUUUCCAAACCACACUCCAUCAACUGCAGAUUAUCAAUGUGGGCUCUGUACAAGUGGAUUUCUCCUGGCAAGUCCAAAUGGAUGCGCACAACAAGAUAGCAGAUCCUAUAGGAGAGGAGAGGAGGAGAGACGGCCGUUGCAGCAGCUUGCUGCCCAGUGCUGGGAGCAGUGUGACGUCACCCCGGAUUGGAAACCCAGGCCUUCCUCCCUUCAGCGUGGAGCCUAGAAGCGGAUCCAUAAAUCCUGGAGUUACUCAGAACUUCAACGUUUGUUUUUCACCUGUGGAAGUAGCUGAGUUUCAGGGCAGAUUAAUCUGCAGCAUUCCAAACAUGCAGAGGAGCGAUCAGGUUCCUUGUGUUACUGUGUCUGGUCAGAGCCUGCUCCCAGAGGUUCUUUUUGAGUUAGAGGACACAGACUACAUCAGGAACACCAGCCGACUUCUGGACCCUAGCACUCGGGUGUUAGAGCUCAAAGCCGUUGGACUUUCAACACCAACAACAAGAUGGCGUCUAAGUAUAUCAUGUGUUUCUGUUUGGGCAGGACAUGAAGUGGAGCAGACAGUUUAUCUGGUGAAUGCCGAAGAGGAACCUUUCCACUUCUCCGUCCUACAGUCAUCUCUUCUCUCUGAAGAUCAGCAGUCCAGCCUAAGUUUGAAGCCCAUGAAUGGCCCAGUGAUGCCCAAAAAUAGGUUACCACUGUUGGUGAGCUUCACACCUUCUUCAGAGGGAAAGUUCAACUUCAGACUGAAUCUGACAGUAAAGAGGAAGUUGGAACCACUCAUACUGAAUGUUAAGGCUGAUUGUUUCAUCAUGAGCGCUUUAGUUCAGAUUCAGGAGCAAGAUGGAAACCUCAGAGAGAUCUUCACAAACCAGGAAGAAACAGUAGACUUUGGAAAGGUGUGCAUUUCAGAACAAGGCAUCCAUCAUUUCCUGGUGUCCAAUCUUUCAAGGUCCAUUUUGGAAGUAAGCUUUGAGUUGACAGGCCCGAGAGAGAAACUUCAAUACUUAGAGGUGAAACCACAAAGCGAUGCUGUCCAGGUUGGGAAGCAGCUUCAGGCAUCAAUGUUCUUCUGCCCACAGAGCCUUUGCAACCUACAUGAUGUCAAAUUAAUUGUCAAGGUGAAGCAUGGCCCAACGUUUACUGUCUCUAUUAAAGGCGUAGCUGUAGCUCCCAGCGUUGAGUUCUCCUUCACCAAGUUCGAUUUUGGGAAGUGCUUCCUGUUCUCUCCGGGAAUGUCGCCAUCAUCACAAACUCUUAUCAUUCACAACAAGGACACAAAGGAAGUCAGUAUCAAAUGUCAGUUCAAAAACACGGCAUUCUUGGAGGUGGACUUCCAACCAGAUGUUUUGGGACCUGGAGCUGUGAUGGAGGUACCGAUCACCUUCUAUCCCCAGAGGACUUGUCACUACAGUCGAAAGCUCACCUUCGUCUUAAACGGCUGUGUCACCAGACAUGUGGACAUAGAGGGACACGGCACUGACUUAAAGCUGGAAGUCAAGGAUCCCCAACAAAAAAGGGUGAAGCUGGGAUCUCUGACUUUGGGUCAGAAGGUGAACAAACAGUUGGUUCUAAUCAACCGCAGCCUCUCAGACAUUUCUUUCACUCUAGCACUAAAGACAAAUACUCCCCUGGAUUCAAAGGACCUGUCUAUCAUUCCAGCAGGUGAACUGAUACUGAAAUCUGGUGGCGGCUCCUGUAAUGUUGAGAUUCAGUUCUCACCACAGCACUGCAUCCCUCCUUUCUCUGCUGAGCUGCAGGCAAAGUUUGCAAGCUUCUCCCACCCCCUGCUGACCAUCGAGGGCUGCUGCAAGGGGGUGGAAGUCCAUUUGGACAGGAACCAUGUGUCAUUUGGAGCCGUGGUCCAGCACUGCAAGGCCAGCACUAAGAUUGUCAUGAUGAGCUCCGGUGCUGCUGCAGCCAGAUUUCACUGGCAAACAGAUUUACCGGCAGAGUUGUCCAUCAAACCGAUGAAAGGAUACAUCCUCCCAGACAAAGACGUGACCUUUGAGAUGACCUUUGCCCCUGUGAAACUCAGUGAUGACAUACGAUAUGAGAAUCUGUCCUGCUUCAUCGAAGAUUCCUCCCCCGUUGACCUGACGGUCACAGGCUCCUGCAUUCCAGCCUCUAUCAACAAAGAGGGGUUGAAUUUUGCUUGUCGCGUUCGAAGCUGUCAAACUCAGAGCCUGUCCGUUACCAACCCGUCCAGUGAGCACUGUACCAUCAGACCUGUCAUCACGGGUGAGCAGUGGAGUGCUGCUCUCCUUCUGACCUUUGAACCCAACCAAAGCAAGACAUUUGACAUCACAUAUAGACCACUGACCGUAACCGCUGAUGGCCAAAAACACCUGGGAUCAGUUUUUUUCUCCUUUCCUCUUGGAAGGGGAAUGCUAUUCAACCUGCAGGGAACAGCUUCUCCUCCCAAAGCAGAGGACACUAUCACCUGUGAGCUGCCUGCCAAAACUAAACACGAUCAGGUCCUUGAAGUCAACAACUGGCUCUCCAAGAAACAGAGUUUCUCCGUGCUACUAGAAGUUGUUGAACCAGAGAAAACAGACCCUACGGUGUCCCUCAAGGGACACGAGUCCAUCGAGGUUCCUGCUUUGACAAAGAAAGACUAUAAGUUGUCUUUCUUUGCAUAUAGAGAGGGGGAUUACAACACCAAGGUGACGUUUCGUAAUGAGGUAACAGGUGAGUACCUGUUUUACCUCAUUUACUUUAAAGUUAGGCCUCCAGGAGUGCUGUCCACCAUCAAAAUGGAGACGCCUGUUCGUCGGGUAGCCUCAGCUACUGUAGAUGUGAAGAACCCCCUGACCACAGAUACCAGCUUCACCACCGAGUGUAAAUGUAGCGACAUUAAGGUCCUACCUCAGCUCACCCUCCCAGGACAGACCAAGGAUGUUCUGAGACUUGAAUAUCUUCCUCUUCAUGUUGGGGAGUCUACCUCUCGGUUCACCCUGUUCAGUAGUGAUCUGGGUCAUUUUCACUACAAUCUGCUUCUCAAAGCUCUGCCCCCACCAGCAGAAAAGAUGGUCCACUUCCAGGCUGCUCUGGGUACCUGCCACUCUAUCCCCGUUAAGUUCAUCAACUACUCCCCCAUCGUCACCACGUACACCUGUAAGACGGACUGUCCUGAUUUUAGCGUGGACAGUGCUGUCCACGCUUCGCCCGGGUUUCCUUUUGGGUCAGAGGUCAUGGUGGAAGUUCGUUUCGAGCCACAUCAGUUUGGGGAAGUGCGGGGACAGCUCAGCCUGGCGUCAGAAGAUGGAGGGGAGUACGUCUUUCCUUUGUGUGGCGUCUGCGUUCUCCCCAGACCUCAGGGACCUUUCAGCAUCAUGGCGGGUGGCAGCAUCACCAUUCCCUUCAAGAACGUGUUCCUGAAAACAACCACUUUCUAUUUGAAGGUUGACAAUCCCUGCUUCAGUGUGAAAGAGGUGGACAGCAUCCCCUCUAAAAAGAGGAAGAACAUUCUGGUGUCCUUUGAAGCUCCUCCAGGGGGGGCUGGUCAGCUUUCCUGGUCUGGAAAGCUGACCGUCAGCAGCCAGUGCUCCGAGGGCCACAGCGAGCAAUGUUCAUGGGUGUUUUACCUGCAGGGCAAGCUACCUAAAUGACUUUUUCAUUGCAAGCCAAAGACAGACGGCUAUGCCUUUUAUACGUUCACUCACCUUAAGUUUUCCCUAUUUUGUUUGUCUAGAUUUUAGAACGUAUAAUUUAAU